AUGUUAAUUUCUAUAAAUAUUGCAGCGGUCAGCUCAUCGGUGCCGUGGUGAUCCCGCUGCUCGUUAGAGUGAAGCUGCUAUUUCGUAAUGAGCAGCUCUGGAAACCAGGUGUAACUCUGGUUGAGAUCUCCGUGUCGAAUCCUGACUUUACCUAUGCUGGCGCUGAACUUCCUGCUGAUUACAAAUCUGACUGGAUGUGUGAGCUAGCAGUGGAAAACUCAGAUCGGAUUAUGACUGCUAGCGAGCAUGACACCGUCUAUUUAACUCUGGAAAGUGUGCAAUAUAUUUUCACCGUUUGCAUUCGACUGCGACUUCCUCCCGAUAUUCGAUAUCUGGCUGCCAUUAUCUUUGCAAGGUAG